GACAGCGCUACAGUCUGUUGUGAUGUUUGUCCCGGUCACAUUUGUUGACCUUUGACUUCCACGCAUCGGCGAGUGUGGGGGAAGGCACGACGCCGUUGUGCACGAAAGUACCAAGCUCGCUGCAGGGUCCCACCCACUCCACCGUUAUCUUGGUGUGAAUCAUUCACGUUGUUUCGUCCUUUUACCCCUCCAACUGCGUGGCCCGCCUUCUUCGGCAUCCUGCCACCCUGACACCGACCAUCGACUUGCCACUCUCCCGCUCUGGACUAUGGAAAAUGACUAUCUCUACGUUGGCGUUUGGAAAGGCAAACGCAGCCGGGAAUCUUAAGCUAUACAGUCGUGCAACCCGCUUCUAUUCUACGGCGCCUGCGACAAAUCCCAGUGCAAAAUCAAACAAUGGCCCGGCCGCUGCUGCUGCCACUCAACGCGAACUAUUCAUGCACGUUCUGGAUGCGAAUGCCACAAAGCGAGAUGCUAAGCAGUAUCUCUCCCAAUUCAAAAAUACCGGUCAGAGCCCUCGUGCCGAACAGGAGCGAUUGCGUCGGAAAAGUCUCUACGGUCCAGCUCGGGCGAUUGCAGAGAGUCCCAAAUUCGUUCGCGAGGAGGAGGAAAGAGCCGAAGUCGUUGCUACUCCGCAGACUGUACAUGUCGCACUAGUAUUGCUGCGCACUCCGGAAAAGCUUGACGAUGCUACCUUCGACGGAGUAGCCAAGACUCUCUCAGAAUUGGUCAAGCUGGACAUGCGAGUGCUGGUGGUGAUUGACUCUACGCUAUCUGGUGAUGACAAGGCAUCAGCUCAGCGAAUCGCCACUUCGUUCGCCGAGCAAGGCCACCGGCUGAUACAGGCGAUCGCGAAACACGGCAGCAAAGGAGCUCGCCUUGUGCAGGGGGCUUUUGAGUCGAUCGAUGGCUCAAGCAAACACCAGGUUGUAGUUGGUGUUCCACAGCUCCUACUUGAUCCCUUGCAUCGCUCCGUCAUUCCCAUUGUCCCGACGCUGGCAUAUACGCCUUCCGGCCAACAGCUACCAUCCAUUGCUGCCGACAUUAUGCUAGCUUUGACACGCCUCCUCACUGGGCACUCAGACUUCCAAUUGAGUAAUGCCGGCACCUCACUGGAUCGAAUACUUGUGCUCGAUGAAGUAGGCGGAAUUCCCAGCAGAUAUCGAGAAGGUGAGGCGCACAUCUUCAUCAACCUCAGCCAGGAGUAUGACGAUAUUCAGCGAGAGUUGGCGGAGUACAGCAACGAGACCAACGGUCACCACAGGGUACCCGCCCAUGAGCGACAUGCACAAAAUCUGGACAUGCUGCAGGACUGUCUGGCAUUAUUACCAUCGGCAUCAUCGGCACUCAUCAUCACUCCCCAAGAGGCAGCCAACUCCUCUCAGGCCGCAGGUAGAGCGGCAGACCCGAUCGGCACUGGGACACGGCGACAAAAGAACACCAUUAUCCACAAUCUCCUGACCAACAAGCCAGCGCUGUCGCCAUCUCUGCCGGCCUCGCGGCUGCCGUCCAAAACUCCUGUCGGUGGCAAUACACGUGCCCCUCCUAGGUCGACGUUGGUCAAACGGGGCAUGCCACUCGCCAUCAUUCCGGAUGUCGAUCGAGGCCAAGGCUGGAUGAAGCCCUCAUCUGGCCAAUCAUCCCUGGACAUCGGCACCGAUGCACAGGUCGACCUCCCCCGACUCGUCCAUCUGAUUGAAGACUCAUUCCGCCGCAAGCUGGAUGUGCAGCACUACCUUUCUCGUAUCCAUGGUCGGACCGCAGGUCUCAUCAUUGCGGGUGCAUACGAAGGCGGUGCCAUUCUGACAUGGGAGCAGCCCCCGGGCACAUCAGACCCGGCACGACUCGUACCCUAUCUGGACAAAUUCGCGGUGCUUUCGAGCUCUCAGGGCUCGGCAGGCGUAGCGGACAUCCUCUUUCAAGCAAUGGUGCGCACUGGCUUCCCUCAAGGCGUGUGCUGGCGCAGUCGAAAAGACAACCCCGUGAACAAGUGGUAUAUUGAGCGCGCAGAUGGGCAUUGGCAGAUUCCCGGGACGAAUUGGACCAUGUUCUGGACGGGAGAGGGGGUGGUGGAGAAUCAGGAGCGGUGGGAAGAUUACGUCGGUGUAUGCCGCAGUAUUCAGGCGAGCUGGGCGGAUGUCAAAGCACCUGACUGAAGGGAGAUGGUACACUACGUCUAUU